AGGGGCUCGCUGUUCCCGAGAGCUCAGCCCGCCGGCUCUCCUACCCGGACCUGUGCGCCCGGAGCCACGGGUCCUGCAGCAGCCCCAACCCGCUCCUGUCUGCAGUGCGUGGGAGCCCGGAACAGAUCGAGAGCCUCCUCCCCAGCCUCACGUACCCCAUGUUCCAGAGCCGCUUUUUCAUGGGCACCUUCUUGGGAGGCGUUCAGGUGGCUCCCGGGCCGGGCGGCUCCCACGUGCAGGCGGCCAAAGCGCUGAGGCUGGUUUAUUACCUGAGAGAAGAUGAUGCCGCAGAUCAAAAGAGCAGUUUGCGGUGGCUGGAAAACUUCCUCGAGCGCAUCCCGAAUGAGCUGAAGGCUUUAAAUCUCACCUCUACCCAGGUGGCUUACUUUACCUCAAUAUCCAGACAGAAAGAGUUUGAAGGCAAUAUUAAAGAUGUGAUCUCCCUGUUUUCCAUAACAUACUUUAUAACUAUCACCUUUUCCAUUAUGUCUUGUUUAAGAAUUGACUGUGUACGAAAUAUGGUAUGGGUUGCGGCAUUUGGAGUACUGUCUUCGGGGUUAGCUGUGCUAAGCAGCUUUGGACUGUUGCUGUUCUGUGGGGUCCCAUUUGUUGUGACUGUAGCAAAUGCACCAUUUCUUAUACUGGGGGUUGGUGUUGAUGACAUGUUCAUUAUGGUCUCCUGCUGGCAACUGACGAACGCUAAAAACAAAGUUGAAAAGAGAAUGGCUGAAACGUAUGCAGAGGCAGCAGUGUCUAUCACAAUCACCACGCUCACUGAUGUUUUAGCCUUCUACAUAGGGAUCAUGACUUCCUUUCAGUCUGUGAAGUCCUUUUGUCUCUACACAGGAACUGCUUUCAUUUUCUGCUAUGUAUACAACAUCACAUUCUUAGGAGCUGUUCUUGCUUUAAAUGGGAAAAGGGAAGAAGGCAACAGACACUGGCUAAUUUGCACAAAAGUGAAGGACACUGUUCAGCCUAAUCGCUCCCGCUUGUACAACAUGUGCUGUGUAGGAGGCUUUUCUGAUAAGUCUUCUGGGACAGGUGGUGAACAUCCAGUGAACAAAUUCUUUAGAAAGUAUUAUGGUCCUUUCCUUACAAAAUCCUGGACCAAAAUGUUUGUGGUUUUGCUGUACGGAGGGUUCCUGGCAAGUAGUAUUUAUGGAUGUACUAAAAUGAAAGAAGGUAUAGACCUGCGCAAUCUGGCUAGUGAUGAUUCUUAUGUCAUUCAGUACUAUGACUGGGAAAAUAAAUAUUUCUCAGAGUACGGGCCCAGGGUUAUGGUCAUCAUCACAAAAAAGGUACUUUAUUGGAAUGCAUCCGUUCGUAAUGACAUUGAGAAUUGUAUGCAGUCUUUAGAAAAUAACUCCUAUGUGGACAAGAGUCUCUCAGAGUCAUGGCUAAGAGCGUAUGGAAAUGUUGCUAGAAAUAAUUCCCUGAAUAUAAAUAGUAAGGCUUUUUUCAUGGGUAAUUUAUCUCGACUAUUUACAUUAUUUCCAGAGUUUGAAUGGGACAUUGAUAUUAGCUAUCGGGAAAUAGCAGCCUCACGCUUCUUCAUUCAAACAGUCAAUGUUACUACUGCAGUUGAUGAGAAAAACCUUUUAAACCAAUUAAGAGACAUAGCCAAAAACUGUGAGAUGCCAUUAAUGGUAUAUCACCCAGCAUUUAUAUACUAUGAUCAGUAUAUUGUAAUAGUGCCUAACACCAUUCAGAAUAUUGGAAUUGCUGCUGGAGUUAUGUUGUGUGUUUCCUUGCUGCUUAUUCCCAAUCCGCUGUGCUCCUUGUGGGUAACUUUUGCUAUUGCUUCUGUUAUUGUUGGCGUUGCUGGUUUCAUGACAUAUUGGGAUGUUAAUCUUGAUUCCAUAUCUAUGAUCAACCUUGUCAUUUGCAUAGGGUUUUCAGUAGAUUUUUCUGCUCAUAUAUCCAAUGCAUUUGUUUCAAGUGAAAAGUCAACUGCGAAUGAGAAGGCAGUUGAUGCACUGCAUCUUCUUGGUUACCCUGUGAUACAAGGUGCUAUCUCCACUGUAUUAGGAGUACUUGCACUAGCUGCAUCAAAAGCUUACAUCUUCAGAACAUUUUUUAAGAUUAUGUUUCUCGUUAUCUUCUUUGGAGCUCUUCAUGGUCUUGUUUUUAUUCCAGUAUUUUUAACAUUUGUUGAAAUUUGUGGCAAAUCAAACAAAAGAGUAAAUUUAAAAACAACAGAAGAAAUUAGGAACUCCUUUAGUAACACACAAAAUGUUUGGCGUUAUGAAAACCAGACUUGUAGUGAAGGUACCAAUGAUAUUAGACUACGUAAUGAUAUUGGAAUGGAAAAACCAAACAGUGACUACCUCUACUCCAAUAUCAGUCCAGUUUCUCAAAAUCAUGACAUCAGUUCUUGCCUCUUUCAGAAUAAUGCAGUAUUACUUUACGGAAAAAAAAUCGAACAGCUUCAUGAGGAAGGUAAAAUAAAUCCAGAUUGUCCAUAAAUGUACAUAAAAUUUAAAAUACAGCAUAUCAACCAAAAAGACCAUGUUGAACAUUUCACAACAUUAAUCUACAGAUUUAUAUUAGCAUUGUAGAAAAUGUCAAUUUUGUACUUUUAAGGUUUAACACCUAGGCUUUAUCUACACCACAAAGAAAAGUCUGAAAAAAAUACACAAGUUGCAAACCAUGAUUUGCAUAUCUUUUUCCAUUUUUCUUCCAAAAGAGGCUACUCUGACAUUUGGCCCGUCUACACGGGGCCAAAUAUCAGGAAAAAUCCCUCUUUCGGAACAUCCUUUCUGUUUUGUAGAACCAAGUUUAAAGUGAUGCUGAAAAAAUGCAUCUGCUUUUCCGAAUGUUUUUUCGGAAAAGCAGACUCAUUCCUUGGACACAGCAGAGCAACUGUUGGUCUCACACCAAACAGAUAACUGGUGUUCUGCACCCCCUGGAAGAUGAUAAGGCAACUGAAACCCUCCCAAGGAAUGACACCUCCUCAAAGGAAGAAUGCAGGAUCUUUUUUGCAACUGCAGAGCCAAUUUAUUUGACCUGCCUACAAGAGAGAUUGUAACAAAUUAAAGGUCUACAUACUGUUAUCCUGUUCUGUGGGUGCAACAUGUAGAGCUGAAAUUGUAGGCUAAGUAGUGUUCUGUGUUAGGUUGAGAGAGGCUGGAGAGAUGUCAUCACUAGUCCCUGCAACAUUUGAGUCCACUCUCCACAAGGGAAUGCUCUUGUUGAGACCAUGCUGUGCAGCAGAUUCCAGGGAAGCCACUCCAUAAAAGAUGGGUUGGGGCUCUGCAAGUAUCCCAGAUUAACCUUCCAUGUCCAUCAGGGUGUGCCUCAGUCCACGAAGAGCACAAUUUGCUCCAUGCUGUGCAAGUGCUGCUACAUGUGCCCAGGGCAGAUUUUUCCUGUGCUGCUACAUGUGCCAGCUGCCUAUUUAUCCAUGUUGAAUAUUUCUUUUUUAUUCCUUUUAAGGUUUGCAAAACCUCUUCAUAGAAGCUUAAAAGAAAAGACCGUCUCUUGUCAAUUCUUCAAGGGAAGUCUUGGGGUGGGAGUCCUCAGGGCCAAACUGGCCAGACACAUCUAAUUGUGAUAGGAAGAUCCAUCCUCCCAUGAGGGCACAAUGCAGUCUGAGUUUUGUGGUGAUGGUACUCAUGGGUGGUAACAGCCCACUUCCCUCCCUUUGAGCCACAGAAAGUGUUGCUGUGGAAGAAAGCAAAGGAGACUGGGAGUGAGUUGGUUGCUCUGGUUUUGUUACAGUCUCCAUCCUGGCAGUAUUUACUUCCUCAGGGGAGGUCAACAGACUUGCCGGGUCCCUGGGCAAAGUGUGUGGGGGGGUAACUUUGUGAUCCCAGAAGGGGUGGGAACUCAAGCAGAAGGGGUGGGAUGGGGCAGCCAGCUCUCAGCACUGCCUGGAAUAUACUACACUGGGGCUCCUUCCCCCUAGCCAGCCCUCAGAGCUGCCCUGGGGUGCUGCACUGUAUCCCAAUGGCAAUUUUAAAGGGCCAAGAGUUCCAGCAGCCACUGCUCCUACCCUGGAGUAACUGCUCUCUCUCCUCCCCCUCCUUUCCCCUCCAACUCCCACUUUGGCAGGCCUGUGCUUCCUCCACAUAUACCUGAGAAUUUGCACAUUAUGGCUUAGUCUACACUGCAGGGUUUUUGCGCAAGAAGGCUUUUGCAGAAGAGUUCUUGCGCAAAAACUUCUUGCACAAAAGCGUGUCCAGACCUCAAAGAACAUUGCAAAAGGCUUGAGGCCUAUGAACUUUGGCAUGGAUAAAAACAGGUAACCGAGAAGUUACAGAGACUGGAAGUAGGAUGUAAGGGGGAGUUUUGUCCAUAAUGGUAUCAGCCAACCACAGAACAUGAACUGACACCAGCUUCUGGAAGGGUUUUGGAUAGAACAUCCAACCACAACAGUGCAAUGGCAAGGAAUUGACAUAUAUGAUAAUGGGGUGAAAUUAUUAAUAUGCUAAGCUAUAGAAAAAGGACACCUUAAUGUUGGUAAGGAGAGGAAAUACAAAUAAGGAAGAAGGGGGAAAUCCCUAUUGAGCAUGCAUUAGACGUGAUAACCUUAGUGUAAUGUUUUAUUUAAGUGGCAUUCCAGAACAGCAGAGGUAGAGAUGUAGAUCUUGGGAGGCGCCAAAAUACUGGUCACUAGUGCAGAGGAGGAAGGUGAUGGUGAUGAGGAAGAUAAUAGCUAACAUUUUUGGUCAUUCUGCGAGGAAUGGUGUGAGCACGGAUGUUCAGAUGUAUUUUUUGUGUUAUCUCUAUAUACCCUGCUGAGUACUGAGUGUGUGUGGCUUUGCUAAAUGUAUUUAUAAAUUAUUUAUUUGUAAGUAAACAAGCAUUUCUAUUGUGUGUGUUACACUUUUGCACAUUUGAAUUCCCAAACAUAGACUGAUUGUAAUAAUAAUCUGACUGGGCCUGAUCUUGGCACAAGAACUUGUCAAAGUGAUAACUAGAAAUCUUUAGAUCAGGCUACAACACAUGGGUAUUUGGCUGGAUGUCUCCUGAAAGACCAUGACUCUUGAGAGAGGAUUUAUUGUUUCUGUGAUAUUUGGGAGGCUAUGGAUAAAUACGAACAAUGCGACAAGAAUGAUUAAAGGUUUAGAGAACAUGACCUAUGAAGCCAGGCUUCAUGAACUGGCCUUGUUUAGUUUGGAAAAAAGAAGAUUAAGGGGGGACAUGAUAGCGGUUUUCAAAUAUCUA